AUGAUGCGCAUAGUUCGCCGGAUUACGGGAAAAAGACCCUUCCAAGAGUGCCGCGAGGAAAAGGACGCUGCCAAAGAGACACCGCCCAGCGAAGUUGCUGCAGCGCCCUGCACCCCUCCAGAUGUCGCCACGCCGAGGUCGAGGUCUCGGUCUCCGAAGCCCGCAAGGCUGCACCGAAGCUCCCAAGCUGGCCAGGCCCGGCCGCAGCUUCGACGUGCGAGCGGUCUAAGUCUUGCGGGGCGUCCCUCGGGCAUCCGCCGCUCUCUGGCGCACAG